GAGGGGAGCAGUGGCCCCGAGGUCGUCGCGUCAGAGUCCGCCGCCAGAGACGGACGACGCCGGUGACCACACGCCAGGCGCGAAGGAGAGCCGCCCCGAGUCCUCGUGUGUCCUUAAAGCAGGGACGGAGGCGUACUUCGAAACGUCCGCCCAAAGCGGUGUUCAGGAGUCACCGCGCCCACAGAGCUACUAUGAGAUCAGCGGGGCAGCGGGAGAGAGGUGCACCCCCGAGGCUGGGGUCGGGUUCAAGUUACAUCCAGCUCCUGGUCAAUUUCAAUUGAGGUGACGGCUGAGAGCAUUUCCCAGGGAUCCGAGAGCCGGUGCUGAACCCUUUCCACAAGAUGUCGAUGGAGCAAAGGAGCCGGCCUAUCAACAUCACCGUUAAGUCUCCGACCGGGGCGGCAAAAUCAAGCACCUUCUUACGCCCCCAGCUUUCCCCAAUCAGUGGAAGCUUCGACGACUCGUCCGCCCCUCCUCCAACACCCUCCAUCGAGCACCACCCUCCGCUACAAACCGCUCCGUCCACGCCGGCCGACUUCACCGAAGCCCUCAGCAAGAUGGCCUCCAUGGAGCGCCACGUCUCUUUGGACCAAUCCGGCGCUCUGGCUGAGAUGCUGGACCUGGCGGGAGCCCUGCCCAAACUGUCCCUGGGCAGGAGGGUGGUGGAUCCGAUGAGGAGGAAGUCUGUCCCGGCCAACGUGUCUCCUCUGGGGGUUAGCUCGCUGGCCCGGCUGGCUCUGGACGCGGGGCAGGGGGGGCAGGGAGGGCCCGAGGAUCUGGGAUACUGUGUCUUCAGCGAGUGCUCUGCCCCCAUGCCGUCCCCGGCCGACAUGCCGGGGUCUGCCGAUGCUCCCUGUCGCUCUUUCCCUACCGUGGACGCAGACGAGGAUGAACCAGAACGGAGAGACGGAACACCCCCACCGGACCAGAAGAAGAAGAACGUCCCGGAGACGGUUCAGAAGAGCGCCGCAGCGGAGAAGAAAGACGUCACGGAGUCCCCGAGGAAAUCCGGCAUGCUCCUGGAGAAGGCCGUGCCUGUCGGUAUCAAACCCGACCGCCUCAGGAUCCCGGUCACCUCUCCGAACCGCCUCACCGAGUUCCGCUUGGAGAGUGGCCUGCCAGGAGACAUCCAGAUCCAGGCCAUCCCGGAGGUGGAGGUGGAGAAGGACCCGUCCCGGGAGGCGUCCCCCGUCCCUCCCGACAGCUCCUUCAGCUUCUCCCUGACCGACGGCAGGGUUCCUCGGACACCCACGACUCCAAAGUCCCCCGUCGACGGUCCAUUAAACCCUGAAGAACCCGCGAAGGAUACACCAGGGGAAGGCGGGACUGAGGUCGGGACGGAACGGGCUGCAGGGGCCGAGAAGUCUGCUGACAAAGAAUCCGAUUUUAGUGAAGACUCAAAGGAUCCAAAUGGAGAAUCUCCCAGGGAAAUAAAAGUGGACGAAUCAGAUGUGACCUCUCCUGAGGCUUGUAGACAGAAAACGGACAUCUUCCAGGAGAACAUACAACCAAAGUUAAAGACAGAAGAGGCGCAGGAACAACAUGUUCCACCCCCUCUUGAGCUGUCAGAAGAAACUGUUGUUGAGGCAGGAACCCGAGGCCUCGCAGAAGAGAUUGGAGAAGAGAAAGGAUUGCAGUCCCCUCCUCCAAUCAUCAUCAUCCCCCAGGCCCAGCUGGAUGAAGAGGACGGAGAGGAGGAGGACGAGGAGGUGGAGCUGGCUGAGGAGCCUCAGGAGGUCAUGGAGGAGGCAGAAGUUCCCCCCAACGAAGAGCUGAGGAAGGAGGUAUUGGAGUUGCUGGAGGUCGAAGGAUUGGAUUUCACUGGACUGGAGCCUAAAUCGGACACCGGAGAAUCUAGUCACAGUGAAGAUGGAGAACCGGUGACUGACACCUCCCAGUUGUCUCCGUACUCUGACCGAGGUCAAAUGCAGUCUUCUCCACAGGGAGGGGAGGACUUCGGAAAAGAAGAGGACCAAUCAGAGGAUCUCAGAGAGGCCAUCUUGGAAGCGGAGAAGCAGGAAGAGGAAGCUGUUGAAGGAGAUGAAGAAGGAAUGGAAAAGAAGGAUGAAUCACUGGACCACGGAGAGAUCGAUGCUGAGCAAGAAGAAGUGAAAGCUACAGAUGUCGGCAAAGAGACGGUAAGGGAAGAGGAGGACAGCUGCAAGGGGACGGAGAAAGGUGCAGAUGUUGCCUCCGACCUGGCCAGUGAAGUCCAUCACACAACCAAUGAAGAAACGACCGCGGACAUGUCUGUUCUUGACACCGACAGUGGCUGGAUAGACACUCAAGAUGAGGAUAGGAGCCUCUUGACGGAACCCAUUGAGGCUCUCCCGAAGGACCACGGUCCCGGUACCACCACCGGUCCCGGGACCACCACCGGGACCACCACCGGUACCACGGUCGCCCGGGAUCGGUCCAGGAAGCGGGCCCCUUGGAGACCCCGGGGUCGCUCUGACCCCUUUGACAGUAAAAUAAUCCACAAGGACCCGGGCCAUCCGAGAGACCCCUUGAAGAAGAAAAAAGCCGGCGUGAGGAGGGCGGACCACAAUAAGCUGGCGGUCCCGUCGUGUCGCUCUCCCUGCCGGACCAGCGCCGGCAGAGCGCCCGGCCGGCAGCACAGGCCUGUCGUGGCGCUGGCUGGCUCGGCCAAACGCAAGGGAGCAGCCAUGGAGGUCCGCCAGCCACUGAGUGUGGCACACCAGUCCAGAGAACGGCCAACUUCCAGACACAGAACCUCAAGCCCCACGCGGGCGGUGCUGCUCAAAAUGGCGGCCCUGCGACGGGCGGCAGAGUCCCUCCCCUGCCGGCCAGGCUCCGCCUCCGACCUCCAGUCACGCCCGCCCCUGGGGGCGGAGCUAUAUCGGCCACGCGCAAAGUCUGCGUGCUCCCCUCGCGGACAGCCCUCGCCACUCACACGGGCCGAGGAGGAGAGGACCUACCGUAGCCCAGAGAAGCGCUCCUCUCUGCCGCGCCCCGCCAAGUCUCUGACGCGGCACAUCCCCGCCGCGGAGCAGGAGGACGGACCCCGGAGACCCACCUGCAUGGACUCGGGCCGCUCUCGCUCGGCCCGUAGCGGUACGUCCACGCCGGGCUCCACGGCCGUCACGCCGGGCACGCCCCCCAGCUAUGCCUGCCGGACCCCCGGCUCGCGCACCCCGGGGAGCCACACCCCCAAGUCCUUCAGCGUGCUGCAGGAGAAGAAGAUCGCCGUGAUCCGGACCCCCCCCAAGUCCCCGUCCUCCGUCCAGCGCCAGCUCAAGGUCAUCAACCAGCCGCUGCCCGACCUCACGCACGUCAAGUCCAAGAUAGGCUCCACCUCCAACCUCAAGCACCAGCCCAAGGGCGGCCAGAUUCAGAUUGUGAGCGAGAGGGCCGACUUCAGUCAUGUUCAGUCAAAGUGCGGCUCCAAGAACAACCUGAGACACUCUCCCCGAGGAGGACACGUGAUGAUCCCGAGUGUGAAGCUGGACUUCAGCCACGUCCAGGCCAAGUGCGGCUCGCUGGACAAGAUCCAGCAUGCUGCCGGGGGCGGGAACAUCCAGAUCCAGUCCCAGAAGUUGGACAUGAGCCACGUCACGGCCAAGUGUGGCUCCAUGUCCAACAUCCGCCACAGACCAGGGGGCGGCCAGGUCCGCAUCGAGAGCGUCAAGCUGGACUUCAAGGACAACGCUAAGCCCAAGAUCCGUUCCCUUGACAACGCCAGCCACACCCCCGGGGGCGGGAACAUCAUGAUCGAGAGCCACAAGCUGAUGUUCCGGGAGGAGGCGAAGGCGCGCGUGGACCACGGCGCCGAGAUCGUGACGACCCACUCGCCCUGCGGCGAGCCGGGGGGCACCUCCCCCCGGCUCUGCUCCGCAGGGAGCAUGCUGGCCUCGCCCCAGCUCGCCACGCUGGCCCAGGACGUCACCGCCGCGCUCGCUAAGCAGGGCUUGUAAAGAUCCAACCCCCCCCCCCCCAACGAGCCCCCCGCGACCUUCUAGACCCCCCCCGCGCCAAAGCACGACCCGCAAGACCCCACCAAUGACUCCCGGAAUACUCAACCUGUAAGCCUCGGACACCUGACCUAUGACCCCCGGAAACCUGACCUAUGACCCCCAGAAACCUGACGUAUGGCCCCCGGAAACCUGACCUCUGAGUCCCGGAAACCUGACCUCUGACCCCCGGAAACCUGACCUAUGAACCCCAGAAACCUGACCCAUGACCCCCAGAAACCUGACCUCUGACCCCUGGAAUACCAACCCAAGAGAUCUGAAACCAUCACCCAUGACCCCGGAAACCCCUCUGAACAACGACCCCUAGACUGUCCUUUGACCUUUGAGGCCUAAUAACCCCCAACACCCGAGAACACCCCCUAAGACGGUCAACUGACCCCCAAUACCUUCCAAGCGACCCUUUAAAGGACCCCAGGAACCCACAAAACCACCCCCGAUGCCCUCUAAGACCGCUGGGUACCCCCCAAUGACCUUGGAGGGUGACCGACACCCAAAGCCCAAUAAGGACCCCAAACCUUAACCCUGACCCCCGGUAACUCUGCCAACGACCUGACCUCUGACCUCUCACCCCUUCUUGACCUUGAAGUCAUUCUACUGUCCUUCACCUUUCUCUCGUUAUCUGAUUUGUAAAAAGUACUCACACACAGACACACAUGGACACACACACACGUACACAAGCUCGUAUGCACACACACACGCAUGGCUAGUCACAGGGAAAUUCAAUUAAGACAUAAGCAACAGGAAGUAAAUCUCAAAGGUAAAAACACAGAAUCCGAUUUAUCCACUUUCACCCUUAGAAAACGUCUUUAUCCGGGCACUUCAACACCCGCCCACAGGAAGUGACUCACACACAAAAACACAUAGACACCAACACACACAAAAUGUCACUCCAAAGCUCCACUGUGUCUUCUUCCAACGCUGAUGCAUCGCUGUCAUUGGUCGACAGUCA